GCUUCCCAUGAUGUGAGCAGUACACUUGCAGUUAUGCUUACGUCCAGCAGAUGGCGACGUCUCUCCACUCCGCAUCGCCUGUCAUUUCGGCAGCAUAGAGCGCCAGUGUUUAAGGGACAUCUAUCUGUCUCACAGUGAAAAGGUUCUGGGUUCGAAUCAGCUUGCGUGGCUCCCACAUAUCUUUAGUUAAAAGUGCAACCGUUUGUUCUCUGUGUGUUCCUUGACAGUGAUGACUAAUCAUUUUGUAUGUGUGAUAUUGACUAACGAGUCUACCCGCCCCCCAUUUCACACUGUAUUUAAAAAUCUGAAGGCUUUUAAAAAAAAAAACUCUAUGAUGACAAUGCAUGGCCCAGAUUUUCUUCUAAUAUUACUAACACUGUUAAUAAUAGCCCAUCGUUAAGUUUGGCUUAUCGGCGUGUGUGUGUGAGAGCUGCUUGGAGGUUUCGUCUUUACCUGACGACUUUAAUCUGCCCUCUGAUGUUGGCACUUUGUGUAUUGAUCAGGAAAACAUACCUGCAUCACACUCAUGAGUGAACACGCACACACACAAAUUGUGUGCAUGAUGACAAAGCAGGUCAGUGUUGUUUUAAAAAAAAAAAAAAAGCCAUUAUGAUCCUAAUCAUAAUUGGCGAGGUUUGCAGUGUAGAAGUUAAUGAAGCUGUCAUUAUGCACUGGUGUUAAAAGAAAAGUGGCGGCCAUGUUCAAGUGUAAAAUAUCCAAGAGGCCCAUCCCAGUGCGCAGGUACACAAAUACACAUCGGUAAUUGAAGGCGCUGACCUGUUUUUUUUUUUUCCCCUUCCUUCCAGAUGAUGAAGUUCUACUUUAUCUACGCAUUGUGCUGUGCAUGUGGCCGCCUCGGGCAAACUGAUUGGAUGUGCUGGAUUAGUUUUUAAUAGCAUCAAAGUGUUUGUGCUGCUUGCUGAAAUAUUCAGUGAACGGCGAGCGAGCGUUUGACGCUUAAAAGCUGCUUGUGUAAUGUUGCUCGCCACACAUCCAAACAUGGCUGUUUCUCAAACUUUUGGCUCCCUCGUAUAGCCCUACUUGUACAUAAUUACCAAGUGUACCCCUAAAUAAGAGAGGAAUUCAAAAGCUGCCAAGAAAAAAAGUUGUAUUAUGAUAAAAAAAUAAUAAUAAUGAGGGUGAUUUUAUUUUUUUUUAAAGAAAAGAUAUGACGAGUCAGCUUAAUGUUAAUUCUCAACACGAUAGCACUUAAAAGACCUUGAGGACUGCAGUCCUUGUUUUACAUUUGAUUAUUUUUCACACAAAAAAAAUCAACUUAAUGAAGACCUCAAAGACAUCUUGCUUGGAAGUGUUUUCAAAGGCGUCCCCCAACGUGAAAUCUCAGGAGUAUGUCUUUGGCGCAGCCUCUGAGGAGAACAAAAUUGCUUCUGCUGCAUCCACCUUUUUUCAUUCUUUAAGUUUCUGAAUCACGCCGCUGCAUCGGAGUGGAAUGGAUUCCUUUACAUUCUCAACAAACUGAAUUAUUAUUUUUUUCACUAAGAGUCGGCAUAUGUGUGGAUGGAGAGAAACGUUGUGAUGUGGGAGCAACAUGAAACAUCAGGCUGACUAUUUUUAGGAGCUUCUUCCACACCUCCACCUCCCUCCCCUCUCUCUCUCUGUCUCGCUCUCUCUAUCUCUCUCUCGCUCUCACACACCCUUCUUCUCUCGGAUUCCCGCCACAUUCGGCGACAUUCAGCCGGCGACGAGGACCGAAGCCGAUGGAGCGUCCGGACCGUGUCCACAUUUUGGAUUCUCUCUCAUCGCCGUCAACUUGUGACUUGCCGCAUUGUGCCGGUUGAAGUUGAAGCCGCGGAAAAACCUCCUGGCAGGCAUGUCGAAGCGCUUGCUGCUAUCCUCAUGAAUAUUUAUGGGGAAAGCUAAAGCGGAGGUUCAGGUUUUUUUUCAUUAUUUUAUUUUUUUGUGCGGUGCAUCUUCUUUGUGCCCGCGGGAGAUAGCUACCAAGGAUGCAUCGUAACUAUGGCGUCCCUAAACUUGGAUGAAGGCAAGUUUCUACACUUCACUCCCGCUCAUCCGUUAUUAUUUUCGUGCUUUUCACCUUCGUUAUUGUCUGAUGUAACCCCAGCGGAUUCAGAUACGGCCAACACGUUCGAUUCUUCAUCAUCGGGAGAAAUCAUGAUUUAGUUGAGAAAAAAAUAAUCGCGAUUUUAAUAGAAGCUUUUGGACGCGACAGUUUUUAUCGAGGAAAGAAACAAUUCGGAAGUUUCUGGCUGAAGCGGUCGCAGAUGAUGUCAACUUUUUACCAAGAAGCUCAAUCGUCAUCUGGAUCGGAAAUCAAAAUCAGUCAUCAAGGAUCCUUCACGUGAUACGACACUCUUUGCCGUAAAAAAAAACCUCACAUCGUCAUCUGGAAUGAAACCCAAGCCUAAAAAGUUGCCAUCAAGGAUUCUUCAGAACUUUCUCCGACGCUGUGACAGCAGUGGACAUUUCAGCCCCUCUGACAUGACGCCCGUCCCGGACUGAAAAACCAUUUCGGGGGCCUAACAGGGGCGAUGGCGGCGGCCAUCGCCAGCUCCCUGAUCCGACAGAAGCGUCAGGCCCGCGAGUCCAACAGCGAGAAGGUCACCAGCAACAAGAGGCGCUCCAGUCCCACCAAAGAGCCCCGAGGCUUCAGGCACAUCUUUAGCGUCUUUAGCAAAGUCCGCUUCUGCAACACCGGUGGCAAGAAGAAACCGGCGCGACGGAAACCAGAGCCGCAACUGAAGGGCAUCGUGACGCGUCUCUUCAGCGAGCAGGGCUUCUUCCUGCAGAUGCAACCUGAUGGAACCAUCAGCGGGAACAAGGAUGAGAACAGCGACAACACUCUCUUCAACUUGAUCCCGGUGGGUCUACGGGUGGUGGCCAUGCAAGGCGUCAAGGCGGGACUCUACAUGGCCAUGAACGCAGAGGGCUUCCUUUACACGUCGGAUAUCUUCACGGCCGAGUGCAAGUUCAAAGAGUCGGUGUUUGAGAACUACUACGUCAUCUACUCGUCCACGCUGUACCGGCAGCACGAGUCGGGCCGGGCCUGGUUCCUGGGCCUUAACAAGGAGGGCGUCAUCAUGAAAGGCAACCGUGUCAAGAAAACCAAACCCUGCUCGCACUUUGUGCCCAGACCCAUCGAAGUGUGCAUGUACAAGGAGCCGUCACUGCACGAGCUGGAGGAGAAGCUGCUCAAGUCCUCGCGGAGUCCCACCAUUAACGGCGACGAGCAAGGCCGGAGUCCCCAGAGAGCCAUAGCGGGUCAAGACGGGCAGCGGGAAGACGACGACGACGAGGACUUCACAGAGCGGGAGGGCUCGUAGCCUGCAGCGCCCCCCGCUGGAGAACUCCCAUAUAACACUCCCCACUGUUCAGCACCAACCAACAACCAUGACGAUGGAAACGCCAACCCAAACAAGCAGAAAAAAAAGAAGCGAAAAAAAGGGCAAGAAUCCUCUUUCAAUCUUCUUUUGGUGAUGACGAUGUACAUUUUAUGCAAAAGGCCCGGAGGCUAGCACAUCUACUCUUCAUCGUCAUCGUUACCGUGACGACAAAGCGUCCCCCUCCCCCGAGUCGGUCGAGCGCCGAGAACUCCGAAGCUUUAAGCCAUGUAGAAACGUCACCAUUAUCAUUGUACGCUUUUUUUCUCUCUAGCAAUGCAAACACUUCAGCACUUUCACACUUAAGCUUUUUGUGUUGCCACAUCGCAGCCUAUAAUUUGAAUUGAUGAAAGGUUAAUGCAAGUGUGCGUGCCCUGACGAGAGGAACAUUGUUUGGUCAUCAUUCAGAUGUUAAACCCGCAGGCUGCAGUUUGACUUAACUUCCCGUUUGUAAAACGUAACGCUGCCAAAGUACGCCAUUAAGAUCCAGACAACUUCCCUGUAUCUCAUAUCAAGCAUGUUUUAUUUUGCUAAUAUUUCAUCCGCAAAGUUUCCGCGCGUCGUCCGCGUCACUUGCUUCCCGAAUGAAUGUUCCGUAGAGUCGUUGCAGUGUGCAUGCUAGGCUACUAGUUGAAUCCAUUAAGCUAGCAGAUGAGUCUGCGUGCACUCGACACCCCUUUUAUUUGUUUUUAUUCCCCUUGUGGGCUGGAUUCUGAUCGGUUCAAACCAAACCAAGAGGGGAAAAAAAGCCAGUUUUGAGCGUAAAUGCGUGCAAGCCAAUCGUAGAAAAAGACAGAUGCAUCCAUCUUUAGGGCCUUGUAAUAGUCGAUUUGUCAUUUCUAGUACCUGUACAUGGAACUUAAGCAGAAUAUCAAGGAUAUGGAAUUAAUGCAUUCCACUUAAAUCCAUUUUAUGAUCACGACACUCAAGUCUUAAAAUUUCAAGUGAUUGAAGCAAAUGAGUUCUAUUUAUUUAAAACAUUCUUUGUAAUAUAAUGUUGGGUUUCUCUUUCAAAAAAUCUGUGAAUUCGUUAGGAAAAAUAGAAUCAUUUGACAGAAAAAAUAUCCCAAAUCGAGUUAGUUCUCAUGUAAAACACAAAUUUAAAAAUAAUCAUGGAGAUUUUAUUUUUAUUGAUUUUCUGAUGGAAAUAUUUUCCUCCCAUUAGUCCGCCUGCCUCUGACGCAAAAACGUUCAUUAUUUGCAUGUGACUCCAAAUGAAGUGUCCAUCCACCCCGACAGCUGAAUUGUGAUGCAUGCUUGCUUUGUCGUUUUGUCUGUGGAACCCUGAUGCGCGGCAACGGACCAAUCACGAUCUACGUCUCACUGCCUCGAAGAAAGUCUUCCAAUCAGAGUUUUUGGGCAUCAUUUAAGAAUGUCAGACGCUUUUGAAUCAUCUCUGACUAGUCGCACCCUUUUGAGGGUUGCAAAAUCAAUGUUGGAAAUUAUUCAUGAGAAUAAAGCAGAUGUCAAGCAAGUACGAGUACAACUCCACUAAUUUACACGAUUUUUCAAUUGCAAGAUUACAAGUGGCAAGCGGUUUAUCUGAAGCUUGCAUGUCCUUCUAAUUUUGUGAAAAAUCAAAAAUGUAAGUUUGGUGUACUCGUUAGUCAAGGUUAUCACGAGAGUGUCUUAAUAUUGCUUUGUGUUCUCGAGUCGGAACAAACUUGCUCACUUUAAAUCAUUUUAGCCGUUGAAAUGAUCGGAAAAGGAAAAAAACGAGCCACCAGAGACAGCCGCUCGACCAUGUUGAACCGUUGUUGAACCUGCCGCAGCCUUUUUUUUUUUUCUUUUGCGUUCUUGUUUGUGUUUGCUGAUGUUUCUGCUUAUUCCAGACACACUCAUCAUGUAGUAGAAAAUAUCGCAAUUACUCAGCAGCAGGAUGAAAAGAUGAUGGAAAAAUAAAAAGGAAUGAUACAA